AUGAUGAAAGCCGUCUUCUGCGCCCUCGGACUGUUGACCGCCGCACAGGCAGUCGCGGUCCCGAGCGAGCACGCCAACCUGGCCGUCCGACACGACGACAACAAAAAGGCGAGCAGCCCCUUUACCUUUACCUCGACCUUCAACGUCAUCGCCAAGCCGGAGAACGUCGUCGACGCCCAGAACAACUUCACCGGCGGCCUGCAGGGAAGCAGCGGCACGUUCAACUUUGGCAUCAACUCCAACGACAAUGUGAUUUGCUACAACAUCACCAUCACCGGCUUCCGCGGCGACUACCAGUCUCCGGCCAAGUCGGCCACGCAUAUCCACGAAGCCGCCGUGGGCAAGUCUGGCCCGCCUCGGUAUGAACCCUCCCCUGCCACCCCCUUACUUGUGCGCUUUAUUGCCUUUCCGAACCCGGUCGGCUCUGGCGAGGGUCCGCGCCGAAGCAUCGGCUGCCUUACCGGACCCUUUGUGACUGGCGUCAACGCGAGCAACAAGGACACUGGUGACGGCUUCCACGUCCGCCAGAUUGAACAAAACCCCGCCAUGUUCUUUGCGGAUGUCCACUCCAGCCUCGCUGUUCCCGGAGCUAUCCGUGGCCAGCUGGGUGAGAAGAACUAUUGCUAG